CUGUGGGCGUCGUGGAAGCCAGAGACUAGUAUUUCUUUGCACAAGGCUCCACGAAUCCAAACUAUCAUCAGUCAGGAUGGAGCAUCCAUAACCCUGCGUAGGCCAGGAGGAUCAACAUUUAGAUUUUAACAUGAGUAGUUUGUUCUCAAAAGACAUUGAGACACAAAUAUGAUCUAAACACAGCUUUCCUCAAAGUAACUUUGAAACUUGCACCCUCAGACCCCCAGACCUCAUGAACCUGCAGAGUACCACGAAUUAGCAAUGAUGAAUGUAAUUGGAUGCAGCCUUCCUUGAAGACACCCAAGAUUCCCAAGAUUUACACAAGAACAGGAGACAAAGGAUUUUCUAGCACCUUCACGGGAGAAAGGAGACCCAAAGAUGACCAGGUGUUCGAAGCUUUGGGAACUACGGAUGAAUUAAGUUCAGCCAUUGGGUUUGCUAUGGAAUUGAUCACAGAAAAGGGCCACACAUUUGCUGAGGAGCUUCAGAAAAUCCAGUGCACACUGCAGGACGUCGGCUCAGCCCUGGCCACUCCGCGCUCCUCUGCCAGGGAGGCCCACUUAAAACGCACGGCCUUUGAGGCGGGGUCCAUCCUGGAGCUGGAGCAGUGGAUCGACAAAUACUCCAGGCAGCUCCCGCCACUCACAGCCUUCAUUCUGCCCUCGGGAGGCAAGAGCAGCGCCGCGCUACACUUCUGUCGUGCCGUGUGCCGCCGAGCUGAGAGACGCGUGGUCCCUCUGGUCCAGAUGGGAGAGACGGAUGCAAAUGUGGCCAAAUUCUUAAACAGUAGCCAGAUAUGCCGCCAUGAAAGAAGGAAAUCAAGAAAAAAUAUACAAGAAAACCGAGCCAUCGGAUCGAGCCUGAGGAGCUUGGAGAUAACAGAAGGGGGCGCUCCCUAGGCCCCUCUGCGGGGCAGUGACCGCGAUGGCGGCGACAGGGAAGAGUUUGCCUUUGGGACCCUGAUUCCUGAGGAGCUGGCAGAGGGUCACAGCAGACUCACUGCUUUGUGUCACAGCCCUUGCUGCUUCCCUGGAGGGCCCAGGGCCCCCAAGACUUUGUCCUUGCCUCCCCAGGCUGGCCUUGGUCUUAGAGGAUGUGGGAAUGAAUUCAGUAUCACAGAAAAGGAAGGUACAGUGAUGGCUCCGAAGUGGAGGAGCCAGGCGGAGAAAAGAAUAAACGUGGGAAAAGCUGGA